AGACUUGACCGGGGUGUGCGGAUCAAUUCUUUGUUGUUGUACAAGGAAAAGUUUUUAAUAUAAAUUUUCCUAAGAUUUAACACCGAAUGGCUUCUUUAAUUCUUUUCAAUGGAGCCAAACAACAUACCGGAUUCCUCGGUGUUGUGUGCUUAAAUGCAAAGGCAAACUACUCAACACAACCACCAGAAAUUCGUCCUUUACGAACAACAAAUCCAGCUGCGUUUAAAAGGGGAACUGGUGGAAGAUCCAGUUUUAAUGGAAUCGUCGCCACUGUUUUUGGAGCAUCAGGAUUCUUAGGUCGUUAUGUUUGUAAUAAAUUGGGAAAAGGUGGAUCACAGAUUAUUGUCCCAUAUCGAGGCGACCACUACGACGUUCUUCGUUUAAAAGUUUGUGGUGACUUGGGACAAGUUCUCUUUCAUCCUUACCACCUCAUGGACGAUGAAUCAAUCCGAAGAGCAGUGAAAUAUUCCAAUGUUGUUAUUAAUUUGAUUGGUCGCGAUUGGGAAACUAGAAAUUUCUCAUUCGAUGAAGUUCAUAAUGAAGGACCGCGUCGUCUUGCAAGAAUUUCACGUGAAGCUGGUGUUGAAAAGUUCAUCCACGUGUCAGCUUUAAACGCUACACCAAAUCCUGAACCAUUAGUGUAUAAAGAAGGAAGUGAAUUCCUUCGAAGUAAAUAUGCAGGAGAACUUGCAGUACGCGAGGAAUUUCCCGAAGCCAUCAUCUUCAGACCAUCAGACAUUUACGGACAAGAAGAUCGUUUCCUUCGUUAUUACGCGCAUGUUUGGCGUCGUAUGUUCCGUUUCAUGCCGUUAUGGUACAAUGGUGAAAGAACAGUUAAGCAACCUGUUUUCGUUAGUGACGUUGCAAGUGGAAUUGUCAAUGCAAUCAAAGAUCCUGAUGCAGAAGGAAAACUUUUCCAAGCUGUUGGACCACGUCGCAUUAAACUGAGUGAACUUGUCGAUUGGUUCCAUCGUGUAAUGCGAAAAGAUGCGAAAUGGUGGGGAUACCAUCGCUACGAUCUUCGUUUUGAUCCAACAUUCAAAUUGAAAGUCGCGUUCACAGAAGCGAUUUGCCCGUCAUGGCCUAUCGGCUACUUGCAUCAUGAACGUGUUGAACGUGAAUACGCCACAGAUGUCGUUGAGAAAAGUGUUCCAACUCUGGAAGAUUUAGGAGUUCAAUUGACUCAUAUGGAAGAUCAAGUUCCAUGGGAAUUGGGACCAUACCGUGCUGGACUUUACUACGAUUCUGCAAUUGAAAACUUUCCCGACGAAAUUUUAAUUGAACUUCUCUCGUAUCUUUCGGUCAAAGACCUGAAGCAAGUAAUGAUGACUUGUCAGUUGUUUGCUGAUGUUGUGAGUGGAUCAACAAAGUUAAUGAAGAAGUUCAUAAUGAAAGUUACGCCUAAAAGGAAAUGGGACUUCAAAGUGUUGACAAGUUUUGUGAGAGUUCAUCAGAAUGUUAAAAUGACCGAAUUCAAAUUAGAAGAUUCAAUGGAAAUUGUGAUUGAUGGAUUGCACAGCAUCGGACAUAACAUGAAACAUAUCGAAGUGAACGGUUGUGGAUUGUCUCAUCAUGAUUUUAAUCAAAUUCUCUUAACGAUGCCACAAUUGACACAUGUCGAGUUGGACAACGUUGCGGUUUGUGGAGACUUUUUCGAACAUUCAAAAGUUCCAAAUUUUCUAUCUUUAACACAUUUGAAGGUCAUUGAAUCUGAUAUAACUUUUGAGCUUUUCAAACAAGCUCAGAAUCUUCAUGAGAUUUGUUUUCAAGCCAAAGAUAAAAAUAGUGAAAAUUUAGAGUCGUUCGAAAUAUUUUUGUGCAAUCAAAAGAAGUUGAAAAUUUUGGAAUUGAUUAACAUUCGAUUCUCAAAUUUUUUAACAGUGAAGAGAGAUUUUCCUUUUCAAUUAACAUCGCUGAGUGUUCAUCAAUGUCACUUUAUAGUUAUGGAAAAUUAUGAGAGAUUCUUGCUUAAUCAACAGAAACUUGAGGACGUUGAACUUUCUAUUAGCAGCAUGAAAAUGCGAUUGGAUCGUACUCAAUAUUUCGAAGAAUCUUUCAUGAUAAUCUUUCAAAUAAAGAACCUGCAAAAGGUCAACUUGAAUAUUAAAGAUUACAACUUUCUAAAUUUAAACUUUUUAAGUCAAUUUGUUAAUAGAAAUGUUUUAACUUUGUCACUAUCAAUUGAUCAAGAAAAUCUUCCAAUUGCUUCAUUUCUUCAAAUCUUCCCAAAUGUUCAAACACUCGAACUCAGCGUGAAAGAAAUUGAUUUAAAAACGAUAGAAUAUUUAAAUAAAAAUGAAGUGAUAAAUUCUUUGAAAGUGUCAAAGUUUCCAAGUGAGAUAUUUGGAAAUAUUAAAAUUAAAAACUUAAAAAGUCUUAACAUUUGUGAAACUAACAUUGAACUCGAACAUUGGAAGCAAUUUUUAGGUAACAAUUCAGGAAUAACUAAAUUAAUUAUAAACUUUACAUUCUUUGGAGAUUUGUCAGAUGAGUUUGUUAAUAUUUUAACAACAAAACUUAAGUUAGAGCAUCUUGAACUUAUCGACAAAUGGAUCGGAAUGAACAACAACAUUUAUGUGAUGAUUUGUGACAACAGUAAAAACUUAAAGUACCUGAAACUUUGGAAUAUUAAUAUUGAAAAAGAUUUUGAGGACAAUGAUAAGGAAUAUUUACGAUCAAGAAACAUUAAGUUUGAUUUAUUUAAUGACGAGUCUUUAAACGCUCCAAUGGUACCAUUUUAA